AUGUCGCCCCAAGUGGCCCAACACGACCCCGCAAUCGAGAACUCCCUCGACGACAUCUUCGGCUCAUCGCCACCCCACGAAAGCACACUUGCAUCAACAAAUCCAAUCACCUCAUCCGAGCCCUCCGACCUCCCCGGUCUCCGCCGCCAACACGUGACAGCAGGCUACCGCGACGGCACAUCCGCCUCAAAGGGCGCGCACGUGCAAGACGGGUUCGACGGAGGUUUCCCCGUCGGCGCGCAGCUGGGUAUGCGCGCUGGUACUAUACUGGGCAUUAUGGAGGGACUGCUACGCGGGUUCGAGGAGCGAAGUGGACCGGGUGUUGUGAAGAAGCCGACUGUGCGGGCCGGCCAUUCUGCUACUGGAUCUGGGCCUACGAAGAGGGAUGACGGUGGUGAUAGUGAGAUUGCGGAGUCACGCCGGCAGAAGAGAGAGCAGAUCCGUGUGCUUUAUGAAACUGCGCUCAAGGAGCUGGAUGUGCAAGCUGUUUUUGCCGGGGCUGAUGGGGCUGGCGCGGAGGUCAACCCGAGGGCCGAGGCCGGGGAGGAAAAGCCGGAGACUCAGCUUGGGCGGAAGGGAGAUGUUGUUGUUUCGAAAUGGGAGGGGAGGGUCGAUGUGCCGAGGUGGGAGGAGAAUAUGGAGGCUUUGGAGAUGAAGGACAAGGAAGAGGGCAAGGGUGAGACCCAGGCUGUGGAGCACAGUUGA